CCCAGUCGGCCCGCCCCGCGCCCUCCCCCUCUAGUCCCGCCGCGCGCUCGCGGACAGUCCGCGCGCGGGCCGGGCCGGCGCCCUGUCUGCUUCGCUCGUUCGCGUCGCCCCGAGCCCCGGGGGAUGCCCCCGGCCGGCACCCCCCAUGGCCGCCGACGUCUUCAUGUGUUCCCCGCGCCGGCCCCGCAGUCGGGGCCGCCCGGUGCUGCUCAAGCCUCAGGUGCCUGAGGACGACGACGACUCGGACACGGAUGAGCCGUCCCCGCCGCCCGCCUGCGCUUCGGCCACCCCGGCCCGGGCCCACGCGAGCGCCGCGCCGCCGCCGCCCAGGGCCGGGCCUGGCCGCGAGGAGCCUCCGCGCCGCCAGCAGAUCAUCCACAGCGGCCACUUCAUGGUGUCGUCGCCGCACCGCGAGCACCCGCCCAAGAAGGGCUACGAUUUCGACACGGUCAACAAGCAGACGUGCCAGACCUACAGCUUCGGCAAGACCAGCUCCUGCCACCUGUCCAUCGACGCCUCGCUCACCAAACUCUUCGAGUGCAUGACUCUGGCCUACAGUGGGAAGUUGGUGUCUCCAAAGUGGAAGAAUUUCAAGGGCCUGAAGCUCCAGUGGAGAGACAAGAUACGGCUCAAUAAUGCCAUCUGGCGGGCGUGGUACAUGCAGUAUUUGGAGAAGCGCAAGAAUCCCGUGUGCCACUUCGUCACUCCACUAGAUGGCUCUGUUGAAGUGGAUGAGCAUCGCAGGCCAGAGGCCAUCACCACGGAAGGAAAGUACUGGAAGAGCCGCAUUGAGAUCGUGAUCCGGGAAUAUCACAAGUGGAGAACCUACUUCAAGAAAAGGCUGCAGCAGCACAAGGAUGAGGACCUCUCCAGCCUGGCCCGGGAUGAUGACAUGCUUUAUUGGCACAAACGUGGGGACGGAUGGAAGACCCCGGUGCCCAUGGAGGAGGACCCACUGCUGGACACAGACAUGCUCAUGUCAGAAUUCAGCGACACCCUCUUCUCCACACUUUCCUCUCACCAGCCGGUGGCCUGGCCCAACCCCCGGGAAAUAGCACAUCUGGGGAAUGCCGACAUGAUCCAGCCGGGGCUCAUCCCCCUGCAGCCCAACCUGGACUUCAUGGACACAUUUGAACCUUUCCAGGACCUCUUCUAUUCCAGCCGCUCCAUUUUUGGUUCCGUGCUGCCUGCUCCUGUCUCAGCACCUGCACCGGAUCCCAACAGCCCACCUGCUCAGGAGAGCAUCCUGCCAGCCCCUGCUCUCCCCACCGUGAACCUCCCUGAUGGCCUCAUUUCGCCUCCUGCAGCCACCACCCUAGACCCUACGGAUAGGCCGGGCUGCGAUCGAGCUCCCCGACCUGGAGACCCCUUUAUCCAGCCUACAGACUUCGGUCCCUCUGCACAGCCUCUGAGUGUCCCCCAGCCUUUCCUCCCGGUGUUCACCAUGCCCUUGCUGUCUCCCAGCCCUGCCCCGGCGCCUGCUUCCCCUGCUCUGCCGUUAGCCCCACCCCCGGCCACUGCCUUGAGCCCCCUGGCUCCACCCGCCUUCCUACAGCCGAAGUUUGCUGGAGCCAGCAAGUCGCCCUCCGUCAUCACGCACACGGCCUCCGCCACCCUCACCCACGAUGCAUCUGCUACCACCUUCAGCCAGAGCCAGGGCCUUGUCAUCACCACCCACCAUCCCACCCCCUCGGUGUCGCCCUGUGGCCUGGCACUGCCUCCAGUCACCCGGCCUCCAACCGCUGGGCCUUCUCAACCCUGUUUAACUUUUGUGCAACCCAAACCGGUCUCCUUGACUGGGGGGAGGCCCAAGCAGCCCCCCAAAAUAGUGCCUGCUCCCAAACCUGAGCCCGUGUCCUUGGUAUUGAAGAAUGCUUGCAUCGCCUCAGCUGCCUUUUCAGGACAACCUCAAGCAGUGAUUAUGACAUCAGGCCCUCUGAAGAGAGAAGGGAUGUUGGCUUCUACUGUGUCCCAGUCCAGUGUGGUCCUCACGCCUGCCUCCAUUGCCCGGGCUCCUGGAGUCACGGAGUUCCACAGUGGCAUCCUGGUGACAGACCUUGGCCAUCCCACGAGCAGCCAGCCAGCCCCUGUCUCUCGGCUCUUCUCUCCAGGCACAGUGCAAGAGUCCCUGGUGAAGGGCGAGCAGGCCUCUGCCACGGGUUCCAGUCGCGAUUGCCCAAACUCAGGGCAGGCCUCUCCAUGUGCUUCAGAGCAGAGCCCCAGUCCCCAGUCUCCCCAGAACAACUGCUCAGGGAAAUCUGCAGACCCCAAAAAUGUGGCUGCUUUAAAGAACCGGCAGAUGAAGCAUAUUUCAGCUGAGCAGAAAAGGCGCUUCAACAUCAAGAUGGGCUUUGACACCCUUAACAGUUUGAUCUCUAAUAAUUCCAAGCUGACCAGCCACGCCAUCACGCUGCAAAAGACCGUGGAGUACAUCACCAAGCUGCAGCAGGAGCGGAGCCAGAUGCAGGAGGAAGCCCGGCGGCUGCGGGAGGAAAUCGAGGAGCUCAACACCACCAUCAUCUCCUGCCAGCAGCUGCUCCCCGCCACAGGAGUCCCUGUCACCCGGCGCCAGUUCGAUCACAUGAGAGACAUGUUUGACGAGUAUGUGAAAAGCCGGACCCUGCAGAAUUGGAAGUUCUGGAUUUUCAGUAUCAUCAUCAAGCCGCUGUUUGAGUCCUUCAAGGGGAUGGUGUCCACCAGCAGCCUGGAAGAACUGCACCGGACGGCACUGUCCUGGCUGGACCAGCACUGCUCCCUGCCCGUCCUCAGGCCAACGGUGCUGAACACCCUCCGGCACCUGAGCACCACCACCUCCAUUCUGACAGACCCGUCCCAGCUGCCGGAGCAGGCGGCAGAGGCUGUCACCAGAAUUGGCAAGAGAUCGGGGGAGUCUUAGCGCCUAGCAGGCACGUGGCCGCGCAAGAUGCCUCGAGGCUCUUCCCUGCCUGCGGAGAGGAUGCUGCACCCCAUGCCUCUCCUGAUGCGGAGCUCAGGGCCCCCUCCAACUCCACUGGCCCACCGGGCCGCUCAGAACACUGUGCUCAGGUCUGAAGCAGGUUCGGGUCCUGCCAACAGCAAUAGCCCAUCUUUGGGAACCCCUUGCUGUGAACUCUCACUCAGCGACCUCAGUCGUGACCUCCCCUGCCCUCGGGCAACCCAGACAAAGUCCUGUCCUGCUGGCGGCCUGCCAGGCCCAUGGUGCCGGUGCAGGGAGUAGAUGGGACAGAAGGGACAGGGCCUGCUCCUGUGAGCUAUAAGAGGCAUAAGGGUUCCUUUCCGGUUCUGUCCUCAGACUUAGAGAUACUCGCUCCUGUCACCCCUGGGUACUCGGACGGCUCCGAGUGACUCCUGUGCCACUCUGACAUGCCCAUGGGGCAGGUGGAAGGCGUCUCUCUCCCUCCCUCAGACUCUGACCUUGUAAGUAGGUUUGGACGGCUGCUCAGGCUUGCGCACGGUAGGCCGCCUCCCACCGCACGAGCCACCAGGGAACCUCAGAACCUGUGUGCACAAGUGGUGGGUGUGAAUGCACGCGGGACAAGAAGGAAAGCACGAGCAAUGCAAAGCUGCUGCCCUGGCUUAGAAACCCCCUCAGGCGGCACUGUGGUCUGGGAGUGACUUCUUUCUGCCUGGUGUUGUGAUGGCCACACGUCGCUGACUUGAAACCGUGGCAGGGACUCGGGGGGGCCUCCUCGGGCAUCGCCUCACUGCAUGGCCCUCGUUCUCCGCUUGCUUCCAAGCCAUAGCCUCGGGUGAGCCAGCAGUGUUCCGUGGAUGCGUACAGCCCCCAGGGUGGAGCGUCUGAAAGGCCAGACUCCACGGUGCCGUCAUUAGUCCAGUCAUCUUGGCCGGAUUGUUCAGCCAGCAGCCCCAAACCGUAACAGUUCUCGGACCAAAGAUGUCACCACACCCAAAGUCUGUCCUGUCUCGUGUUUGGAGGAAGAAAUUGAGUGUUGACAGGCAGAACUCUGAGGCAGCCAGCCUUCGAGCUGUCUCUGGGCACCUCCAGAUCAGGCAGUGAAGAGCUACACUCAUAUUUGAUCAAGGUGGAGGGAUAUCGGGGGGCCACGGCCUGCUUCCAAACAUGGGAACUGCAGCUGGGGCGUCCAGGCCCGUCCUCUUGCUGUACCUGUCGGAGGAGCCACAGACGGAAGGGCGGGCGCUCACUCUAACGCUCAGGAAGCCCAGCCCAGCGUACCUUCUUGUUGAAAGAAUGUGCUUCUAACGUUCUGCUGUGAAGUUCGGAGGGUCAGUGAACUUCCCAUUCAACCUCUGUCCUCCCGGCCAGAGAUGGAGCCUGGGCGGUGCUGGGCAGGCCGGAAAUCCUGGGGCAAGCUUUGCGGGGGCUCCGAGGGCUGCCUCCUGAAAGGUGGGUCCAUUUGGAGGCUCCCACUGCUUCCUGGAGGCCCGCCGAAGGCGCUCGGGGGCAGCCAGCCCUGCCUCAGCCUCAGCUGAUGGAGAACAGAGGGGGCGUCCUCUCCCUGCCGCCGUCGCUGCCGCGCGUCACCGACCAGCCGCCUGUUCCCUCACCUGUGCUUCAGCCUCACAGAAGAGCAGCCUGGAGGCAUCCCUCAGCCUACCGCCGAAAAACGUGUUUACAGGCCUUCCAGAUCACUUCCCUCAGGGGUGAGCACACAAGGCUGGGCUAAUCCUUAAUAUCCACUGGGAGGUGGUAAGAGAACUCGCCCUUCACCCCAGGACAAACGUGAAGUCUCCCUUCAAAAGGGAGAAGACCACCACGGUAAGAACUCAUUACGGUCAAAAGGAAAACCACAUGAUGUCCCCAGCUAUGAGGGCUCGUGGAGGGUCACGAGCUCAGUCCCUUCCACAGUUCCUGUGCCUUUGUAAACCGUGUGGAUGGCCACAGUGCUUGGCCCACCAAGACCUCUCCUGAAUUAGCAGCCUUCCACGCACCCUGUGCUGGGAGUCUUUUUUUUUUUUUUCUUUAACUCCGUGGGAUAUAAAAUUGGCCUCCUGCUUCUUUGGCCUACCUCUCCUCCUCUCCCUUUUGCUGAAUUGAUGUUCAUGUUUCUGUUUUGUUGAAUAUUUAAGGCUGUUGGUCACGUGAGACUUUGAGGUGUGUGUGUGUGCGUGUGUGUGUGUGUGGGUGUGCGCGCGCGUGUGUGUGUGUCCUAGCAGACUGUUAACUAGAUGCAUGUUUUUGUUUCGAGAUAAUUACUUAAAUCCAUUUCCCUUGGUGCUCACAAUUACCACGGCUGUAGGGCCACAAAGCUGUAUCUCUUCUCACAGACACGAUUGUUUCUUGUCCCAGAAUCAUUUCUUGUUUUGGAAUCUUGCUCAAUGAACAUGGCCAGAGGGGCCCAGCCAGCGUGCAGGGACAGCGAGACCACUCUUCCAGCAGGCUCCAGUGGAUGCUGACCAUGGGGCUGUGCUUUGUUUACACUCAUUUUCACCCCUGCUCCUGUCUCUACUCCCAGAAAAGAAACAUUAAAAUGCUGACACUUUGGAGAAUUAGAAAAACAAUCUGAAAAGGGGGGGAGAAAAAAUCCCAUCUGGCACAUAAAUCUGAAAAGCAUUUCUGUGAAAUCUUCCUGUGCCAUCAGUUCCCUUCACACUGCUGCGUGCUCUGUCACAAUGAAUGGGACAUGUGGGGACAGGGCAGGUGCCGCCGUGGGGCUUUCUGAGACUUGGCGGGCUGUCCCUCCGUCUCUGGCCUCAGGUGGUUCUGCACCAGCAGUCACCCUUCACCCACCCAGGACGCUUCAGCCCGUGCACCCUGGCCGCCGUCCAGCCGUUUUUCUCACACUGGAGCAGUGGUCCCAGCAUCAGACGUUAGCGUUGAUGAGAUGCCAACAGGCAUCACGGGCUCUUGUCAGGAGGAAGGAACCCCCAACGCCGCCCUGUUCCUGGAGCCUCUGCAAGGAGAGGUCGCCCAUGUGUCCUUGGGCACCCGGCUUCCUCGGCUUCCUGUCCUUGUGACCUGACCCCUUCCCCUUGCUAGAGGUUGGGCCUGAAGGUUUUUCUGCUCUGGCCAAUAGAAAGAUAAACCUAGACUGUGAGGGAGUGUGGCACCCCACGGUGGUGCCGGCCCCCUUUGUCUCACCCCAGGUGAGGGGGUGCAGUGGUGAGUGACCCGAGAACUAGAAGAACGAGAAGUGGGUUUGUGGUUUCCAGGCUCACAGGCUGUCACAGUGUAGCUGAAGCAUGCAUCUGCAUGGGGCCGGGCUGUCCUCAAAGGUCUCUACCCCGCUGCUCACGGCCCCGCACGCCGGGUGCAAGCUGGCCCUCGCGCUCAUUUCUGUCUGGUGGGAAGGUACCUUUCCCUAGAGAUACCCUGCUUCCCAUUACGCACUUUGCCAGUGGUGACACCCGCCCGCCGCUCGCCGGGAUUUAGCUGUGCCAAGUGUUCCUGCAGUCGUGGUCUCAUCGAGGGAGCUGGGUGCCCUGAUGUGGGCACCAUGGCAGCCGUGGGCCGUGGUCUGUGCCUCGUAUGUUCAAGAGAAUCCUCACCACGUCUGAACACGGACAAAGGGAGAGGAGGGUAGGGCUAGAGGGUGGAAGAGCUUGGACACUCAACACGUUUGUACCGUUCAGUAGUAUUCUCCUUGGCCUUGAACCCGUCUGAUCGGAGAGGCUGCGGGAUCAAGGAGAGGCCUUAGGACCUACCGUGCACAUCCACAGCUGCUCCAUUUUCUUUUCCUUCCGAGGACUUGGCUUUCCUGGCUCAUCACACGGGGGUUCUGUUUCCUUGUCGGGGUUUUUGCGAAAAUCAGCCUUUGAGAAAAGAAAAGGGAACUUUUCAUGUUGAAUGUUGGCUUUGACUGUGUGUGUGUGUGUGUGUGUGCGCGCGCGCGCGCGCAUGUGCGUGUGCAUGUGCUUGCACAAGCCUGCCUGCGUGCAUUUACUUAAUGGAAUUUUAUUUUUGUGAAAUUCCUUCCCAAGUAUGUAGCAAAAUUCACCUCCCUCUCCCAGUCAGACUUUUGGUGCCAUAGUCAACCCUGGGCAUCGCUCAUUUGAAGAAUUCUUUUCUGGGUUUCUGAACAGAGGUGUGCUACUCGCAAGGCUUGAGGUUCUGGAAGGUUAGGAGACACUGACACAUUUUUCCAUAGAGUUUACGUCCUACAGUUGAAGGGUCUGAAGGGCUCUGGCUCAGGAGACAUGACUCCAGGCUGUGUCUCUCCCAAGGGAGCUUGAACACAGCCCGUCCCCUACAACGCCCUGCUCUCUCUGUACCCGAACCUUCUCGGACAGCCCUCGAAAGGAAACCGGAUUCAUCUACUCACUUUGUAACACCACGCUGAGCCACCAUGUUCUCUUCCAGGUUUCGGUUUAUUGUUUACCUGGCUUGUUUUUUCUGUUGUGAGCUCUGGUGAUUGUGUCAGGCCUCCAUUAGGAGGAAGUUUCCUCUCGUGGUCUGAAAAACAAAACCAGAGAAGAGCCUUGUUAAUCAGAGGCUCCCUCAGGCCUGUGCCAUCCAGAACACCACCCCUCAUGCUCCGCUGUUGAGAAGCACGUUUCCACCAGCUGUAUUCAACACUACAAUGCAGUUUUAAAACUAUAUUUGCAUCCAAGACAAUAAAAAGCUGUAUUUUUUUGAAAA